CCCUUCCCCCUUCCUUUCUUUCAUUCAGAAAGAAAUCAAAUCACACAACCCCAGCCAAAAAACCCUAGAACUGUAAGCCUACACCACCGCCGCAAGGAGUGGCAUACUGCCGCGUCCGUCGCACUCAAAGUUCGCCAUCCGUCCGUCUAUCUAGCUUCCCUCGUGAUCCAAGUCUUCAACCCCUGUUCGCUGUCACCGAUCGCGGCUGCUUCCUCGAGCUUGGCGCCGUCGUCUUUGUCUGCUCAGCCGCGCUUCCGUCGCCGUUUGUUUGCCGUUCACGUUCGCGUCUUCGUUCAGCUGUCGUCUUCGUUCGCGUUCUUCGCCGUUCACGUUCGCUCGGCGUUCACUGUUCGCGUUCACUCGCCGUUCACCAUUCGAGUUCGCAUUCGUGUUCGUUUGGAAGCCACGUUGCUCUGCUUCAAACACUGCGACCAACCCGCGCGCUUCACCUAGCCGUCCAACUGCUCUCUUUUGUUGCCGCCAACCUUGCUCACAGCUCACCUUGGUUCACAGUCACCACCGAAUGUUCGCCGCGCUCUCGCCGGAUCCUCCGCGACCUGUGCUCACGUCUCGCCUCUCUCCACCGUCUGUGCUCGGCUGUUCGUGUCUCGCGGCACCUCCCUUUGCCAGUGAGUGCUCGAGCUGUGUGUUUUUUGCUGCUCGUCUUCCGUGGUUGUUCCUGCCUGCACUGCAGCACCUGUGGUUGUCUCUACUUGAUUCUGCCUCUCAGUCUCACUCGAGUCUCGUCUCAGUCACACUGCCGGCGUCUCGUCGUUCGUCAGUCUUGUUGCCGUCUCAACGUCUAGCGGCCUUCCCUGGUAUCCUUGUUGUCGGCAGCAGAAGCAACUAGUGGGGUUGUCGCUUUCUUCGUCGCCUUCCGUGGGAUCGUCGUCGCUCAUCGUUUUCUGGUUUGGGAUCCUUGCCCUCUCCGAGUCGCCGUGGACCGUUGAUCGAGUGGCGCUACGAUGACAAGCGUGUGAGGUAUAGCAUCUCCGCCCCACCCAACCAUCCUUACUUCACGUUAACCACAACCCACCAACCACGAGUCCCAGCUGGAGUGGUACCGGAGGAUUUCAUGAACUCCGAGGACUACCUCAAUGGCGAGGACAAAUUAAACGGCACCAAUAGGCUCCACUUUCUUCCCUCUUUGAGGUGGAAGUGGCUCGAUUCCGCAUUUCAGCGUGCUUGGAUGGCAAUUCCACUAUUCUCUGCCUCAACCAAUGAGGAAGCGUGAACGGAGAUGAAUAACUUUUCUUGAAGCUUAGAAACAUCUGAUUCCACGAAUAAUUUGGAUGUGAUGGAUACCAAAGUAACAAGUCACAUACUUUCCCGCUACCCUACCCUUGUGCUUGAUAUGAAGAUUUCAAGUUACAACUGAUGCUCAUAAUGUGUUUGAAGAAUUGCUCAAAUCAAAUUCAGCAUGAAUGUCUUGCUCAACUCUGCUUGCAAACGCCCUUUGGGUCAAAUUAUGAGAGUUUCAAUCUCACUUUAUUCCACAUUGCCCCCAAUAUCAACACCAUUACCUCUCCAGUUGCAAGAGCUGUGCAAUGUUGUUACAAGCACUAUUGGUGGGUUAGACGAAUUGGAGUUUAGUCUGAAUAAGUAUAGAGAUUCUUUGACUUCAUCUCUUGUAACUCAGGAUAUUGAUUCUUGUAAGCAUGAGGCACAUACUAGGAGAUUGCUCAGGUUCUUCUUAUGGUCUAGUAAGAAUUUGAGUUGUAAGUUAGAAAAUAAAGAUUAUAACUACGCUCUUCGAGUUUUCACGGAAAAGAAAGACUACACAGCGAUGGAUAUCUUGAUUGGAGACCUGAAGAAGGAGGGUCGAGUUAUGGAUGCCGAGACUUUUGGUCUUGUAGCUGAUACUUUGGUCAAAUUGGGGAAAGAAGAUGAGGCAUUGGGUAUUUUUAAGAAUUUGGACAAGUACAAGUGCUCUAUAGAUGAAUUCACAGUUACUGCAAUCAUUAAUGCUCUUUGUUCUAGAGGGCAUCCUAAGAGGGCUGAAGGGGUAGUUUGGCAUCACAAAGACAAGAUUGCAGGCUCAAUGCUUUGCAUAUACAGAAGUCUCCUUUAUGGGUGGUCUGUGCAGAGGAAUGUGAAAGAAGCUAGGAGGAUUAUUCAAGAGAUGAAAUCAAAUGGGGUUGCCCCAGAUUUAAUUUGUUACAACACAUUCCUCAGGUGCCUUUGUGAGCGGAAUCUUAGACGUAAUCCUUCAGGGCUUGUGCCUGAAGCCUUAAAUGUGAUGAUGGAGAUGAAGUCUUACAAGGUUUUCCCAACCUCGAUCAGUUACAACAUCUUGCUCUCAUGUUUAGGAAAGACCAGAAGGGUUAAAGAAUCUUGUCAAAUACUAAAAAAAAUGAAACAUUCUGGUUGUGCUCCAGAUUGGGUCAGCUAUUAUCUUGUAGCAAAGGUGUUGUUUCUGACUGGAAGAUUUGGCAAAGGAAAAGAUAUAGUGGAUCAAAUGAUCGGAAAUGGUUUGGUACCAAACCAUAAGUUCUACUACAGUUUGAUUGGUAUUCUCUGUGGGGUUGAAAGGGUGAAUCGCGCUCUUGAACUUUUUGAGAAAAUGAAGAGAAGUUCAUUGGGUGGUUAUGGACCAGUGUAUGAUGUGCUCAUUCCAAAGCUUUGUAGAGGAGGGGAUUUUGAGAAGGGAAGAGAGCUAUGGGAUGAAGCCACAGGCAUGGGGAUCUCUCUUCAGUGCUCAAGGGAUGUUUUGGAUCCUUCAAUAACAGAAGUUUUCAAACCUAAAAGGCCAGAAAAAAUCAGCCUUGAAGACAGUACAAUAACUAAGCCUCCAAAUAAAGUAAAAAAACUUUCAAGUAAAAUGAAGGUGAUGAGAACAAAAUCUGCUUCAAUGAAGAAGAAAAAGAGAAGAAAUAAAUAAAUAAAUCUACAGCACCUUUAAUGGCUUGAUUAUCUAUAUAGUUGUUCUCUGUUCCCUCUCUUCCAUAGCAUAAAGGCUUGCUUAUCUUGGAUUAGCAUUCUACUCCUGCUGUCCUGCAUGUUGUUCUAGUUAAUUGUUAACUGUAUGCUAUCUCUAGCCUUGGGCAUAUUCUGCAUUUUUUAUACCAGAUUCUGGGAAAUUAUGUAAUUUCAUUUCCUGACAUGAAUUACCUUGGCCAGUCAAUGACGUAGUUUACUUUGUAUUAACUUCAAAUUUUUCUUCAAAUCACCUUAGAAUAUGUGCUUGGACCUUUGGGGGUGUCUGGUUGGGUGGUUGGGAGAAUUAUAGAGUAUUCCCACGGAUUUUAAAAUGGGAAUAUCAUAUUUCCAUAUUUGGUUUAAGGUUU